UUUUACGGUUUCACGGGUCGAACACUGCCCAAUUCAGCUUAAGCCGGUAAGAUAUAUUUCCCGGGAUUUCGAUCUCCUCUCUCUCCUCCCUGAGGAGCCUCGCCCUACUCUUUUUUCCCCUCAGCGUUGUACCAAACCCAUUUUUCAAUCCUUCUCUCAUCCAUGGAGAUUUCACUGAAAUCCCAGUCGUCACGGGGACAUCGUCCUUCUCUUGACCAGAAGAGCACAUAAUCUACUAUUGCGAUUCCAAUGGCAUUCCGACGCUUCCUUUUGCUUCUCUUUUUCUUCAUAUCGGCGGCCGGCGAGCCGACGAGCGACCGCGCCGCCCUUCUUGCUUUCAUUUCUCAAACCCCGCACUCUCCACGCAUACAAUGGAAAGCCUCAGCAUCAGCCUGCGAUUGGGUUGGUGUUAGUUGCGACGCGAACCGCACUGCUGUUGUCGCCCUCCGCCUCCCCGCCGCGGGUCUCAUCGGUCCCAUCCCACCAGGAACCCUUGGCCGCCUCUCAUCCCUUCGAAUCCUCUCCCUCCGAUCCAACCGCCUCUCCGGUUCUCCACCUCAGGAUCUGUCCAAUCUCACCGUACUCCACAGUCUCUACCUGCAGAAUAAUCUCUUCUCCGGCGCGUUCCCGCCGGCAAUCCCCAAACUAACACGGCUCACUAGGUUAGAUCUCUCUGCUAACAACUUCUCCAGCGAGAUCCCCUUCGCUGUCAACAACUUGACCCGCCUUACCGGCCUUUUCCUCCAGCAGAAUAGAUUCUCCGGCAGCCUACCCAGCGUCGGCAUCCCGGGGCUCACAAGCUUCAAUGUCUCCUACAAUGACCUAAAUGGUUCUAUUCCGGCCACGUUAGCGAAAUUCCCUGCAUCCGACUUCGUAGGAAAUCUACAGCUCUGCGGUGGGCCUCUCGCCCCCUGCGCCCCUUUUUUUCCCUCACCAACUCCGUCCCCGAUCCCCCCACCGGAAUCUCCAACCGGGAAAAGCUCCAAGAAUCUCUCCACGAAGGCGAUAAUCGGCAUCGCGGUCGCCGGCGGUGUAGUGCUGCUGCUUCUGUUGCUUCUGCUUCUCUUCUGCUGCUUGUCUGCAAGGCGAAAGCAGAGCCAGAGGGCUAAAGGGGGAACGAAGCCGGUGGAAGCGGCUGCAGGGCCGAUAGGGAGAUCGGCCGAUGUCGGAACGACUUCAUCGUCGAAGGAAGACAUUGCUGCGGCAACUGCCAGCCAAGGGGAUAGGAAUCGCUUGGUAUUCGUGGGUAGCGGUGGUGGCUAUAGCUUUGAUCUGGAGGAUCUUCUCAGAGCGUCGGCUGAAGUUUUGGGAAAGGGAAGCGUCGGUACUUCGUAUAAAGCGGUGUUGGAAGAAGGCACCACUGUUGUUGUAAAGCGCCUCAAAGACGUCGCCGUCUCCAAGCGCGAUUUCGAGCUCAACAUUGAGGCUCUUGGCAAAAUCGAGCACGGAAAUCUACUGGCAAUUAGGGCGUACUACUAUUCCAAGGACGAGAAACUCCUCGUUUUCGACUACCUCGCCGCCGGCAGCCUCUCGUCCAACCUCCACGGGAGCCGGGGUUCUGGCAGGACGCCGCUGGACUGGGAUAAUCGGAUGCGCAUAGCCCUCGCCGCGGGCCGCGGCCUCGCCCACCUCCACGGUCCCGCCCGGGUGGUCCAUGGCAAUAUCAAGGCUUCAAACGUCCUCCUUCGACCCGACCCGGACGCCGCGGCCCUGUCAGACUAUGGCCUUGCCCCGAUUUUCGGGCCUAGUGGGUCGACGGUGAGUCGCGCGGCGGUGGGUUACCGGGCCCCGGAGGUGGUGGAGACACGGCGCGCGACGUUCAAAUCUGACGUUUACAGCUUCGGCGUGCUGCUUCUGGAGCUUCUCACGGGUAAGGCGCCGAACCAGGCGUCGAUCGCUGGCGAGGAGGGGGUUGAUUUGCCGCGGUGGGUGCAGUCCGUGGUGAGGGAGGAGUGGACGGCGGAGGUGUUCGAUGUGGAGCUCAUGAGGUACGCUAAUAUCGAGGAGGAGAUGGUGCAGCUCCUUCAGAUCGCAAUGGCUUGCGUUGCGCUGGUGCCGGACUCUCGGCCGGAUAUGGCCGAGGUAGUCAGAAUGAUGGAAGAUAUCGCCGGCGGCCGUAUAGGAACGUCGGAGGGCGACGAUGGGCUGCGUGCCUCGUCUGAUGAGCCUUCCAAGCCGGCUUCAGGCGGCCGCUCGCCGCGUGUGGCAUCAACACCAUGAUAGUUCCAGGCGCGCCCAGUCUUUGUAUGUUAUUGUUUUUUCUUUGUUCAUUCAAUGAAGAUAGGAAAUUGUGUUUAUUAUUUUUUCGAAAAAAAAAAUUUGGAAAUUGAGUGUUUGAAUACGAAUUUCAUCUAGGACCUGUCAAUAACUUUCAACUUGUUUAGACUUUUUGUCAAUUAAGCUUUAAUCCCAUUAAGCUUGCUUGUUCC